GCCAGGGAAGGAGGGAGGCACAGAGGGUCGGAGCGCGGACAGGGGGAGGAAGGAGAGCUCGAGGGAGGCCGGGAGGUGGCGGGGAGGGGAUGGGCCUGGCAGCGGUGAGGCUGGGCCUGCUGCUGGGCGGGGAAGCGGCGCCGGUUUCCCCGUACAUGGAUGGGAGGCGUGCAUACAAGCACACGGACCGGGAGGCAUCCCUACAUUCUGGAAAGGAUCGGAGAUAUCUCUCUCCAGGGAGAAGUAGGUUCAUUCGGAAAAGAGGCUGGAAGGAGAAUCGCCUGUUCCUGCAUUCCCAGGGGUCUCCUGGGGAGGAGCCAUGUGGCAGUGGGGGGCAGCUCCCUUCUGGUGGGGGCAGGGUGCUCCGAAACACUACAGCAGGGCAAGGACCUCUGCUGGAGCGUCGUUGCAGGAGACCCCCUACUGUAGGUCCAUCCCAGGCUCGACUCUUCUCUGGAUCUUUUCAGGAGUCACUUCAAGGGCCAGAGCAGGAUACUCAUAGGAUUAAAUUAGAAGGGACUGUGGCAACUAGUCAUGGGGGCCUGCUCCAGGGUGGUGCCUACCGCUGUGCCCGCUGUGGGAGGCACUUCCCUGGAUGGGCAGCCUUGAGGCAUCAUAGUCGUCGGCGCCAUGGCCGUCCACCCUUGCCCUGCCCUGAGUGUGGGCGUCGAUUUCACCAUGCUCCUUUCUUGGCCUUACACCGCCUGGCCCACUCUGCUGCCACAGCCAUGCCCCCUAACGCAGGUUUCCUGUGCCAAGUCUGUGGGCAGAAUUUUAGGAGUUGGGCAGCCCUUGCACUGCAUGGCCAGGCUCACGCCUCAUCUGCUCAAGCAGUCGCCUGCCCCAAGUGUGAAAAACGCUUCAGCCGAGCCUCUCAGCUUCGGGCACACCUACGACAGAACCACCCUCCUGCCCCGCCACCUCGUCGUUUCAUCUGCAGUGGCUGUGGCCAGAGCUUUGCACAGUGGGCUGAGCUAGUUGUUCACAAGCAGAUCCAUGUGGCUGAAGCACAGGCAUCAGAAAAGGCCCUCGCACCUCGGCCCCGAGGCCGCCCAGCACUUACUGCUGCCCAGCCAGGUGGUGAUGCUGCUGACCGACCCUUCCAGUGUGCCUGGUGUGGCAAAUGUUUCCGUCACAAGCCCAACCUGAUUGCUCACCGCCGUGUGCACACUGGUGAACGUCCCCACCAGUGCCCCGAGUGUGGGAAACGGUUCACUAAUAAGCCCUACCUGACCUCCCACCGACGAAUUCAUACUGGUGAGAAGCCUUAUCCAUGCACGGAAUGUGGGCGCCGCUUUCGUCACAAACCCAACCUUUUGUCCCAUGGCAAGAUUCACCGGCGCCCUCAGGGCUCUGUGGAAGCUACCAGUAGCCAAGGGAGUUUCCAGAUUCCCUCUCAGCUACAGGAGACUCAGCAAGACCAGGCAAUAGACCCCCAGCAGGACCAGGCCAUGAACUUUCAGCAGGACCAGGCCAUAGACUCCCAGCAGGAUCAGUCCACAGACGCUCAGCAAGAUCAGGUGGACCCCCAGCAAGACCAGGUCUUAGAUCCCCAGCAGGACCAGGGAAUGAAUCUUCCGCAGGGCCAAGAUGUGGAUCCUGCUGUCCCCUAUAGCUAUGAUGAGGGUGGCCACACCUUCCGGAACCGCAGGUCUUUGCGAGGUCAGCAGCAACUACAUCCUGGGGAACGUCCUUUCACCUGCAGUGAAUGUGGAAAGAACUUCAGUAAGAAGACCCACUUGGUGGCUCACAUCCGCAUCCACUCAGGUGAGCGGCCCUUUGCCUGCCUGGAAUGUGGCCGCCGUUUCUCACAAGGAAGCCACCUGGCAGCCCACCGUCGUGACCAUGCCCCAGAGCGGCCCUUCAUUUGCCCCGACUGUGGCAAGUCCUUUAGGCAUAAGCCCUACCUGGCAGCACACCGCCGCAUCCACACAGGUGAGAGGCCCUAUGCCUGUCCUGACUGCGGCAAGGCCUUCAGCCAGAAAUCCAACCUUGUGUCCCACCGCCGCAUUCAUACAGGUGAGCGGCCUUAUGCUUGCCCUGAUUGUGAAAGGCGGUUCAGUCAGAAAUCCAACCUCAUCACACACCGCAAGAGCCACAGUCGAGAGGGGCCAUUCAUCUGUGCCACCUGCGGUGAGAGCUUCAGCCAUGAGCAAAAGCUCCUGACCCAUCAGAGGAAGCAUGUGGCCUGAGCCAGUGGAAGUGGGAGAGUAGAGUGGGGAGACAAACUUUGGGCAGUAGGCAAAGAGAAAGGACAGGUGUCAUGAUGGAGAUGGACUGGAGGAUGCCUGUUAUGGUGAUGGGGUAAGGGAUGGGAGGCUUUUGGAGGCUGGUCAGGACCCUGGAGAGAGCACUGGGUGCCCUUGGCCCUGCAGGCCUUUUAGAGGUUUCCAGGUACCCCACCUGUCCCCACCUUACUGGAAGUUAUGCUUCUCAUCUUGCCCCCAGCGGAAGAAAUAUUUGAAAAGAAGAUGCAUCAGCAGCUGGAGAGAAUGAGGAAAACAUCUGGACACAUGCAAAUAUUUCCAAUAUGUUAGGCAGCAUCUGGAUUUAUUCAGACGUCUCCAGGGAAUGAAAUGCCCUCAUGGUGUCAGUUUUUAGUAGCACCUGAUUUCUUCCAUCCCUUUCAUGCUAUUCUCCCCCUGUACCCCCAAUUCCAAGCCCAAGUCUACCUUCUUUCCUUUAUGUGUAUGUAGCCUUCUCUCUAACCACAACUUUUUAGCUCUGGAUUGUCUCAACACAGAGAGCCUUUUCUGCCUUCCCUCCCUGUUUUCAUUUUCCAGAUUAAGACUGUCUAAAUCCUGAACUAGAGUCCCCAUUUCCUUUAGUUCUUCUAGCUCUUGUUACUGUACUGUAGAGAAAGGAAGACACUGGCUUCUAAUAAUCUAAGAAGGGCAAAUGGAAAAGCCCUGGGGAAUAGGUCAGGUAUGGGAUAGGCAUGGAAGAGAUCUAAAGAACCUGUUGGAAUGGACCUUAGAGUUCAUCUGGUUGUCACUGAACACGGGAAUUUCUUACCUCAUCUCUAUAGACCAGCCUGUGCUUGAAUACUUCCAGUGAUGGGGCCUGAAAACCCUUUGAAGGUAGUUCAUUCUGCUACUGAACAUCUAGUUGUUAGAAAUUUCUUUCUUACAUUAAAUAAAAGUGUAUUUUCAUGUCCUUUCUACCCAUUGGUUCUAGUUCUGUCCUCUGGAACCAAGCCAUACAUAGCAAGUCUAUUUCCCUCAAGUCCCAGUGAAUAAAACUGAUUUGCAGCUUUGGCUGAAAUGUGUUCUCUUUCUGCAUUGAGUUGUGAAAGUGUGGACAACUCCUGUGCAGAGGUAGAAACCCAGAAAAUAAAAUUUAAAGCAUCAUUGGGACUUGGGGUGGUGGGUGAAGGAGAAUGGGGUCAAGAAUCAAGUCAGGUUCCCUGAUCGAGGCAUUCCAGAGUGCUGUAGACUUAGUCGUUUCUUAUAGCUGGAAAUCUCAAGAGAGUGCAGUGACUCCAGCCCCAGGGUUGUAAUAAUUUUCUAGAGGGGCAAACUGAAGCCACUCAGGGCUCUCUGGCAAGCAGAUAGAACUAGGAUGAGAGCCCAGGUCUCCAGGGAGCUUUAUCUUCCUAUUCUUUUGCUGUGGAUCUUCCUAUAGGCUAAACUAGGGAAGGCAGAACCAUCUUUAUUCCUGACUUUACCAUUAUCAUAAGAUCAAAGAUUUAGACCUGGAAGAGUGAACAGAUCAGAGGUUAUCGAGUCCAAUCCUGGCCUUUUACAUAUAAAUGAGGCUCAUAGACUUGCUUAUGGUCACACAGGCAGUCAAAAUCCAAAUGUGGGUUCUCAAAAUUAAGUUUUGUUCAGACACGACCAGCAUCUUGGGUGUGAUUAAGAUGCUGUAAAGUUUGUAGACUGGUUAGACCCAGGUUUUGCUCUUUAGGAGCCUGUACCUUAGUGGGUAAUCAAGAUGUGACUUUAGUAGAGAAGGUGCUUCUAGGGUAAUAUCAAUUAUCCCAAAACUGGUUGGCAGUAGUGGGCUAAUUCCACUUCAGUGUCAAUUCCCAUUACACAAAAAUGCACGUCCAUAUGUAAAUGAGGUCAGGCAAGUGGACAGGACCUCUUUAAAUGUUUCUCCUGCCUUCCAUGGGACUUGGAUUCCCAAUAUUGUAGGUCAUACGACUUUAUAUUUAGUUAUUUGUGAACAUGCUUCAGAUUCAUGAACUUAGAGAAUAUUGGAACUGGAAGAAGGGAUCUUAGACUAGUAUUUGAUACUGUGGCUCCCCUGUGCCAUUGUACUUGAUACCCUCUACUUUGACUUCCAUACUGUUGCAUUUUGUUCAUUUUACCUCUGACUGAUCCUUAGUCCCUUUCCCUGAUUGGUCCUUUGUUGUCCUACCCCUUAACCCUAUGUUCCUCAAGACACUGCCCACUUCUUUCUUUUGAAAAUACUUUUGCUUCUGUUGGCUUCAAUUAUGUCUAUGCAGAGAACUUAUCUUUUCUGGUCAAACUGGGUAACUUUUCCAUAUUAAUAUCCUGUCAUAGCCUUCCCUUUCCCGUCGUCAUGGAAAAUAAACUUCCAGAGAGCUAUAGCUUCAUAAGCUCCAACUGCCCACUGAAUCUCCGUCUAUAUGUUCUUCUAGCACAUCAAAAUCAGUCUGCCCAAAACCGAGCUCGUUCUAUAAUCUGCAAAACCUGCUUUCCUCACAUCUUCAAUUUCUGCCGUAACCACCAUCCUUUCAGUUACGGAUGCAUAUUACUUGCCUUUUUUCUUAAAACUUCUCUCUCCGUCCCCCAUCCCAGUAUCUAAUGAUCUCGUCCUGAAAAUUAUACCUGCACAGUGUCCCCCAUUGUAAUCUUAGGGCCUCAUCUCUCUUUGUUUAGGCUAUUGUAAUAAUCUAACUGAUCUUUGUGCUUCCAGGCUAUCCCCUCCUUGCUUGAGCAAACUUUAUAAUGCACUGCUUUGAUCAUGUCACUUCUCAAAAAUCAUCCAUGGUUCCCUAUUACUUACCAAGGAAAGGAUAAACUCUUGAUCCUGGCAUUUGAGAGAUUCCAUAAUGUUUCCACCCUACCUUUCCAGCAUCAUAUUACCCUUAACAUUCUUUGAGCUAAGCUAGGUUUUGCUCCCCCCCCCCCAUUUUCAUGUUGGCCCCACCUUUCUGUGUUCCUCAUGCUGUGUUCUAUUUUUGGAGUAGACCUUAUGUUUUCCCUUCCACCCUCCCCUAUCUCUGUUGCAAAAUCCCUUGAAUACCCAGUCAGGUUUCAUCUUGAAACCUCUAACCACCCUCUAGGUGAAUGUGACCUUUCCUUCCAUUUUUUUCUGGACUUUUGCAUUUAAUCUCACUUUCCCCUUGUAUCAUUGUUAUUUCUGUACCUGUCUAUUCCCCUGUUAGAUUGUAUGCUCCUUAAGAGCAAGGUCUGUGUUGUGACUUUCUGUAUUCCUAAAAUCUAGAAUAGUUCACAUGGGAGGUGCUUAAUGUUUGUUCAAUUGAAUUAACUAGUCCAACUCCUCAUUUUGCAGAUGAGGAUGCUGAGAGGUUCAGAGAGGUGGGAGGUGCCUUGUCCAGGGUUACACAGCUAGUUUGUGGCAGAUCCUGGACUGGGACCCAGGUUAGUGCUAGUUCUGCUCCCCACACUACCACUUACCUAUUAGAUUGUGAAGUCCUGAAGGGCAGAGACUGUCAGAUAACUCUGUAUCCCCCCUCAGCAAGUAAAACAAUAAAUGUGUUGGAUAAAUUAA